UCCAUCACCUUCAACAAAUGGCCCUCACCAUUGGUUUGGAAUUACAGAUGGAAUCUGACGCGUAGCUUCUCUCUCAUCAGAGUCACCAGCCAUUCCCCCCCAGAAGAUUCAUUCUCUCUCCUCCAUUUCCUCGUACGGAAAAUUCAAUUCCCCCCAACAACCGUUUCUUUCCUUCUGAUUUACUUCCUAAUCAACUCGUCCGCUCCUCCUCGCACCGAAACGGCUAUCCAUACAUACACAUAUUUUAUAUAUAUAUAUAUAUAUAUAUAUAUACACAUCUGUAAUUACUCUGCUUCUCCUUCAACCUCUCCCCUCCACUCGCUAUGCUCAGUUUAGCCUCCUCGCUGAACCUCUUCCGAUCCCGGCAAAGCUCUCAAUAGAUCCCCCCCUUCCCCUUUGCUCGAUGGCCUUGUUGCAGGGCGCCAAUCCGCUGACUCGCGGACCCCACGUUGAGGCUGAUUUCAGCCCUUCAGCGCCGGCGCCGAGGCUUGGGUUUGUCAGCUUCGGUGCGUCGCGGCUCGAGCCCGGGUCCGGCUCCCUUGGGCUGUCCGUCGGUCCCGGGGAGAGAUCGAGCUUUCCGGCGCCUAUCCGUGCCGUCAAUGAGACCAGAGCCGCCCACAUCAACGGCAGAGCUGACGGCGCCCAAGGUGAAAAUCUCGAUCAGAUAUCUCCUGUUGGAAAUUCAGCAAACAUCAAGUGGCACCAGUGUUCAGUUGGGAAACUUGACCGGCAGGAACUGCUCCAGCAGAAAGGGUGUGUCAUAUGGAUUACUGGACUAAGUGGUUCAGGAAAGAGCACUGUGGCGUGUGCUCUAAGUCGGGCUCUUCAUUCUAGAGGAAAGCUAACCUUUGUCCUCGAUGGUGACAAUGUUCGACACGGCCUGAACCGUGAUCUUAGUUUUAAGGCAGAAGACCGUGCAGAGAACAUACGGCGGAUUGGAGAGGUUGCUAAGCUCUUCUCAGAUGCUGGAGUCAUUUGCAUUGCUAGCUUAAUUUCUCCCUAUAGAAAGGAUCGAGCAGCCUGCCGUGCCCUCUUGCCUGAAGGGGAUUUUAUUGAGGUUUUCAUGGAUGUGCCUCUACAAGUUUGUGAGGCGAGGGACCCAAAGGGCCUGUACAAGCUCGCACGCUCUGGAAAAAUUAAAGGUUUUACUGGUAUUGAUGAUCCUUAUGAACCCCCAUUGGAUUGUGAGAUAGUACUGAAACAGACGGAGAGGGACUGCGCUUCCCCCUGUGAUAUGGCGGAACAGGUAAUCUCUUACUUGGAGGAGAAAGGGUACCUCAUGGCCUGAAUAUUUCCACCAAACCAUCCGAAGCCUUUUCUUCUCUCUGCUUGCUGUGUCCUCCAAAUACUGGAUCACUGCUCCUUCCCCGCAUCGAGGAAAUCGCUCGUUUCCUCCUCGUGUGUUCGUCAGUUCCAUCCCAUUCUUAAAUUAAAUUAAUCGAUUGAUUAAUUAAAUUAUAGACGUGGUUUGUUCAAAAUUGCACUAGUACAAAGCUUCCUUGUUUGGAGGCUUUUGUUAGUUCAAAAUGCAUUACAACUGUUGGAUCUUUAGGUAAGGGAGGGACUGCGAAUACAUAUCAAUCAUUGUAUCUUGGAAUAACUGUUUCUUAUGAAUAAAACUUCUUUAUGGAGUACUA